CAUAAAUCAAUCCAAUCCCAUUUUCUCACCAUAUGCUUUCAGGUCCGACAAACUCACACCCACCCACCCACCCACCUAAGCUAACCACUCCUUCUUCUCACUCUCUUCCUCCGCCGCCGUGAAUGCCACCGUCAUCGUCACCGUCGCCGCCGCCCCGCUGCUGAAAUGAAUGGGGUGCAGAACAGAAGGGUUCACAAUGUUGACAAGCCUUUUCCAGGCUGCCUGGGAAGAAUGGUUAACCUCUUUGAUUUGGCUGGUGGUGUGAACGGGAACAGGCUACUCACCGACAAGCCACACCAUGAUGUAUCUCCACUUUCAAGAAGUCAAUCAGAUGUUGCGAGGGUCAUGAGUCCUUCAUUUGGUGAUCAGAUAGAGGAUAAAGUGAUUGUUUCCGACUCAUUGAGAACAUCUUCAAAUAAAAAAAUAAAUGGAACACCCAUCAAGAUGCUCAUAGACCAAGAGAUGUCCAAAGAAGUUGUUUCCAAGCAUAAUCCACCGAAUGUAGUUGCAAAGUUAAUGGGGCUUGAAGCCCUCCCACAGGGAAAUCAUAAUUUAUCUGUGGAGAGAAGCCAUAGAGGAGAUUAUUCUCAACAUAUGUGUGGUCAUUCAGGGACACCAUUCAAUCAUUGGCAGCUGGAAGAUAGGUUUAUGGACAAGGAAAUGCUUCAUGAAAUUCAUCCAGGCACAGAACAGAUUGCUUACAAAGAUAUUUAUGAGAUAUGGCUGCAAUCACAGAGAAAAGGUAAUGUAAAAGACAAGACACCUGAGAGAGAAAGGUGGCCUGAAGAUGUUAAUGAGAAGAAAAUGGCUCUCAUUCGCCAAAAAUUCAUGGAAGCUAAGCGUCUGUCUACAGAUGAGAGACUGCGUCAGUCAAAGGAGUUUGAUGAUGCCUUGGAAGUUUUAAGCUCCAAUAAUGAUCUAUUAAUCAAGUUAUUGGAUUCUCAAAAUCUAUAUGACCUUCAAUCUACUCCACUAGCUGAGACAAAGCGUAUUACUGUUCUUAAACCUUCGAAGGUGAUUGACAAUGAAAAGUCUGACAGAAAAGGGAAGAAAAAUGACAAUCAUACUAAGAAACCAGCAAAUGUCGGUGCUGCAAGGGAGAAAAAUAGUCCUGUAUACUCUCAAGCAAGUCAGAAUGAAUUCCCAGGUCAACCUACUCGAAUAGUGGUAUUGAAGCCUAGUUCUAUGAAGACGCAUGAGAUUAAGGCUGUGGUUUCUCCGACGGCAUCAUCACCUCUAAAUCUGCAAAGUGGGAAUUUCUAUCAGGGCCCUGAAGAUGAAGAUGUGCUGGAAUCAAGAGAAGCGGCAACAGAAAUUACACAGCAAAUGCAUGAAAACCUGAGGAGCCAUCGAAGGGAUGAAACUUUGUAUUCUUCGGUAUUUUCCAAUGGCUAUGUUGGUGAUGAGAGUUCAUUCAACAAAUCAGAUAAUGAGUAUACUGCAGGGAAUUUUAGUGAUUUGGAAGUAAUGUCACCAUCUCCAAGGCAUUCUUGGGAUUACAUCAAUCGCUGUGGCAGUCCUUUUUCUUCAUCAUCUUUCAGUCGCGCUUCAUGUUCUCCUGAGUCAUCAGUAUGUAGAGAGGCCAAGAAACGACUUUCUGAAAGAUGGGCCAUGAUGGCCAAUAAGGGUCAUCAGGAACAAAGGCAUAUGCGGAGAAGCUCUACGUUGGGUGAGAUGCUUGCUCUUUCAGAGACAAAGAAAUCUUUAAUAUCUGAGGUUGAAGGGAUUAACAAAGAACAAGAAAGCAUUGAUCAAGAACAAGAACCUUGUGACUCUGUUUCUUGCAGUCGUAAUUUCAGUGAAGAAAUACAUGCAGAUGAUUCUCCUAAAAGCCUUCCCAGGUCAAAAUCUGUCCCUAUAUCUUCCACUGUCUAUGAAAGUGCACUCAACGUUGAAGUUUGUGAGAAUGGUGCUGGCAAAGCACAUGACUCCAAGGAGCUGACUAAGUCAAAGAGUAUGAAAUCAUCAUUUAAAGGGAAAGUUACGAGUUUCUUAUUCUCUAGGAAUAAGAAAUCAACCAAGGAAAAGUCUUGUGUAUCUCAGUCUAAGGAUGAGUCCCAAUCUAAUUCUACUGUUGCUGAAACUUCAGUAUCUCCAGUAAAUUCACCUGAAGUCCUUAGGGAUGACGUGUCUCAAAGCUUCAAUGGCUCCUUUGGCGAGUGCUCUCUUCCAACUCUGUUUGAAUCAUCAGCCAAAUCUUCAUCAGAUUCUUUCUCUAAUGGACAAGGCGUAAUAUCUCCAGAGCCAGGAUUGACCGUGUCAAAGCCCAUGGUGCCCUGGAUUUCAAGUGAAAACCAGGAUCAGCCGAGUCCAAUCUCAGUUUUAGAACCUCCAUUUGAGGAUGAAAAUGUAGCAGCUCAUGAGUCCUUAUACUGUAUGAAGGGUGGUCAGCUUGGAUCACGUGUACCUCUGAAGUCUAAUUUAAUUGACAAAUCACCACCUAUAGAAUCAAUAGCUCGAACCCUCUCAUGGGAUGAUUCAUGUGCAGAGGUAGCUAGUUCAUAUCCAUUAAAGCCUUCGUUGGCUUCCUCAGACACCAUGGUAGAGGAUCAAGACUUGCUUGUUUUUGUGGAGAAACUACUAUCAGCUGCUGGACUUGAUGAUCAAGUGCAGCCUGAUUCAUUUUACUCUAGAUGGCAUUCCCUUGAAAGCCCAUUGAAUCCAUCGUUGAGGGACAAAUAUGCCAAUCUCAAUGACAAAGAGCCCCAGCCUCUCCAUGAAGCCAAGAGAAGGCAGAGGAGAUCUAAUCAGAAGCUUGUAUUUGAUUGUGUCAACCUUACCCUUGUAGAAAUCACUGGUUACAAAUCAGAAAGUCACUUAAUGGGAAGGUUGUGGAGUGGGGACCACAGAGGGCUCCAAGUCACAGAGGGUGCUGCACCUCCCCUAUUGGUGGACCUCAUUGUGACCCAAAUGAAGGACUUGAUAUCUAGUGGCAUGAGGUCUGUUUGGGAAAGCUGUGGGGACAGCAACAGCCUGGUUGUGGAUAGUAUUGUCAGAAAAGAGGUUGUGGGGAAAGGGUGGGUUGAGAUUAUGGGACUGGAGGUGGAUAUUUUGGUGAAGGAAGUGGAGGGGAAGUUGCUUGAGGAACUUGUGGAGGAUGCAGUGGUUGAUUUGACAGGCAGGGUCUGAAUUGGUUAGAAUCCCUCAUGUGGCUUUCUGCUUUGUUUUUGCAAUAUUGUAAGUUGUAACUCUAUUAUUGUUGUAUUUGAUCAUCAACACAUGGCCCUACAUACCUAAUUUAUUAAAAGCAACUAAAAAAUGUCUCAAUUUGUAGUUAUUUUACUUACCUAUGCAACUGCUGAAACAAAGUACAUAAAGAAUUGCACUGUUUAAGAUGUUUGUUUCA